AUGAAAUGCCACUACGAAGUGUUGGAAGUUAGCCGAAACGCUGAUGAUGACAUUAUCAAGAAAAAUUACAGGUCUAUUCUGCCAAAAUUAAUUUUAUAUACUUACAAUUUUGUUUCCACUCAGACAAAUCAGUUCGAAUCUAAAUAGGUUGCGUUAUAAACUAAAAUCAUCUAAUUAGAUUCGCAAUUUGUCUAAUUAGAUGUGAAAACCCGUUCGCGAAUCUAAAUAGAUUCGAUUUGAAAUUUUCAUAAUUAGACGUCCUUUUUUUGCGAAUCUAAUUAGACUAGCAUUAGAUUUGAAAAUGUUAUAAUUAGACUUGGUCUUUUUUGCGAAUCUAAAGAGGUUGCGUUAGAAACUAAAAUCAUCUAAUUAGACGUGGCCACGGUCUCCAGAGCUGACAAUGGGCGCAAGUGCUCCCCACCCAAUAGAGCGAUACAAUGACGCGAAAUUUAAAUUUUAACAGCAAAAUUAGUGUUUUUUGCCAGAUUAGCCACAAAAAACCGAUAAUUUCUCAUUUGCCUCUCGAUAGACCGAUUGUAUAGGCUAUUACGAAUUUCUUAAGCGCAAGAGCGUUAAAUUUGGUCAAGUCGCAAAUCAAAUUUAUCCGUUUGAAUGUUUUUGGCUAAAACUGCGUGAAUUUCAGUUGCUUUUCGGUAAUUUUCGCGGUUCGAGCGCUCAAGAUGCUUGUAUUUAUGUGAUUUAUCAUUCUCAAAACCAAUUCUGUCUGAAAACGGUUUUUAAAAAACGCAAAAUGAAAAGUGCGGUUUUCCAAAACGUCAUUAAUUCUGAGAAUUAGUGUGUUUUCAUGUCGAACAAUCAUUUUUCAUCGCCUUUGACCCCAAAAAUCAGAGAAAACCUGCUCAAUUCAUGAAAACGCCAUUUGGCCGAGGCCACGCCAUAUUGUCAGCUCUGGAGACCGUGCGUGGUGUUAUCUAAUUUGUUCUAAUUAGAUUCGAAUUGAUUUGUCUGACUAUGAGUACCAUAUAUUUCUUAUAGAAAACUUGCACUGAAAUGGCAUCCUGAUAAGAAUCCUGACAACAUUCAAGAGUGUACUUCCCAAUUUCGGUUAAUUCAACAAGCAUUCGACGUGCUGAGCGAUUCCCGGGAGCGGGAAUUCUAUGACAGACAUAGAGAAAGUAUUUUGAAAGGAGCCAACACGGAUUUUGAGGAACAAUCCGUUGACCUCUUUCCAUAUUUCAGCGCCGCGUGUUACAAUGGUUAUGGAGAUGACAAAACGGUGAGAUUUUCUUUUAAGCUUUGAGUAAAGUAUGUUUUCAGGGUUUCUACUCAGUCUAUCGGAAGGUUUUCAACAUUCUUGUAACCGAAGAGUACGAUCCUUACAACGAAAUCAACACUGUCUACCCCGAGUUUGGGGACAAACGCAGCGAUUGUGAAAGCGUUGUGAAUAAGUUUUAUGGCUUCUGGAGUUCGUUCUCAACGAGCCGAUCUUUUGCUUGGCUUGAUCACUAUGAUAUUACACAAGCAUCAAAUCGUUACGAAUCGAGGCAAAUUGAUCAAGAAAACAAAAAGUUUAGAGAUGCCGGAAAGCAAGAAAGAAAUGAUCAAAUUAGAGUGAGAUUCAAUUUUGAGUGAACCUAAAACUCUUGUGGUGUUUGCAGCAAUUGGUGGCUUUUGUUAGAAAACGUGAUCCUCGCGUCAAAGCUUACAGAGAGCUUCUCGAGCAAAAAAAAGAAGAGUCGCGCGCGAAGCAAGAAGAAAAUAGGAAGAAACAAAUUGCGAAGAAUCAGCAGUUCGACCUAAUCUAUUUAGAAUUUCAAUCAGAACAAAUCAUUACAGACUGGCAAAUUCCUAUUUAAACGACAAAGAAGCGGAAGCCGCUCGGCUUGCUCAUUUGAUCGAAAUCAGUGUCAAAAUGGCUGAAGAUUACGAUACUUGUAGCGAUGAAUGUGAUGAAGAAGGCGAGGAACUUCCGUACUGCGUCGCCUGUAGUAAAUCUUUCAAGACCGUGUAUGUUAAACUAAAAAAUUCAACAUCAUAAUUUUUAAUUCAUCCACAGCAAUGCAAAGCUGAACCAUGAAAAUUCGAAGCAACACAUGAAGCAGCUUAUUGAACUCAAGAAACACAUGAAAGAGGAGGACGCGACGCUAUUCGAAGCUCAGGAAGAUCCGAUGAAUAGUGAAGAUCAGAAGCAGAGAGGGAAGAAAAACAAACGGAAAGAUCGCAAAAAAAAAAACGGAAUUUUUGAUAUUGAUGAAGAUUGUACAUCUGCUGAAUACAUUACUGUUUUGGAAGCUCCUGUAGAAUUUGAACAGCCAAACACGGAAGAGGAGAAGCCGGCUGCAGAAGUAAAAAAAGAGAAAAAGAAACGAAGAGGUUAGUCCACGGAAGACUUCAGUUUCGUAUAAUAAUAAAAAACUAUUAUUCAGCUGAAAAGAACGCAAGUCAGGGAGUAGUAGAUGCCGAACACAUAAUUUCUGAACCAAAAUCUUCAACCUGUGACCGAUGCAAAGAGAUUUUCGACAGCCGGACAAAGCUUUUUUCUCAUCUGGAGGAGGCCGGUCAUGCCACGCUACUUGUCACUAAACCAUCUGCACAGAAGAAAAAAAAUAAAAAAGGAAAACGAGGAACUUCUGAUGACUGGUAACCCUUUUUUCAUCAUAAGCUUGUUUCUAGGUUUUUGAUUAAAUUCUUUUAUUGCUUCAUGCUAAUUUCUUUUUUUGUUGUUAGCGUUCUAUUCUACUUUCAGAAAUGUUCGCUUGA